AUGGCCGAUCCACCUCAUCGCACUACUAGCCAGAAGGCUGACGCCGAUGCGAAAGCCGACCGCAAAGUCGCUGGGGAUUCCGCGACACCCUUCAUGGCCAAGCUGAAGCGCCCUACCUUUGCAGAUGAACUCACGAAGACCUACUCCGACAUCACUGAAGACAAGAUUCGCAAGACAACGACGACUUACCCUCGCAUCACCUUCGCGGAGCGUUCGGGACUUAUUGACUCCAACCUCGCUAAAACUCCCGAUGUCAAGAAGAACCCCAAGGCAUUGGUGCCUUACCCUCGCCUCAAGGCCCAGGUGACAACCGAUCUCGCGAAAGAGAAGAACCGCAACACUAUGACCGACCAUGUACCUCCCAAGUUUUCAGACCGCACUCGGAGCACUGAGCAGAGGCUCGUUGAAACUGAGAAUCCGAAUGCCGAGCUGGAAAAGGUUAAGAAGCCUAGUUUAAUUCUGCGCACCACACCCAUGACGGGUUUACCCUCGACGCGCCUCCAUGGUUCAAGCACGGCCGAUCAACGUGGUGAUGACAAGAAGUUUCUUAAGAUGGAGAAUGAGCUCAAGGCCAAAGACAAGGCUCUUCAGGAGGCCAAGGACGACAUCAAGAGGUUGGAAAAGGUUGUUGAAGCUUACAAGAACAUCGAGAAGCUGUCUAUCAAGGCCGGUGACGAUGCAUCCAUGAAGGGACACAAGCUGCAGAUGCGUAUCCUUGAUCUUGAGAAACAACUGAAGACCUACAAGGAUCAGGCAGAGCACGCAACUUGCCGUGACAAGUUGAUCGAGGAAACUGAGGCAAGGCAGGUUGCAGUGGACAAGCUCAUUCAAGAAAUCGAAAAGCUCAAGGAAGUGGUCGGCAAGCAUGAUAGCGACAUCAAGCGCCUACAGUCGCCUGUGGUUGAACCUGACACUGGAAUGGAUUUGGAUCAAGAGCCGAGCUUCGUCGUCCUGAACACAGAGCUAAGCGGUUGA